UGCUGGCGGAAAGUGGGUUCAAGUGGCUGAGGCUAUUCCACAGCAGAGUCGCGUUGGCCAAUUGAUUUUGUUCGCUAACCGAAAGCUUCCCACUCUCUUAAUUCUUCGUCUAUUUUCAUCCUUUAUUCACUUUUGUUUUCCUGAAAUUGAUUUUGCAGGUCACUCCAAUGGGGAAAUCUUCCUCUUCAAUCAAGAAGAAACGUUCCAAGAAAUCCUCCAAGGCCAAAGCAAGUGGUAGGAGUAAGAGCAAGAAAUAUAAAUCGAAGAAGGUUCGCCGCAGGGAGGUUUCUCUUUCUACCUCUGAUUCAGAAAGUUUAGACAUAUCGGCUUCCUCUAGUUCGGAAGAUAGGUAUAAGAGGAAAAGGGAUCGCUCUCGUACGAGAAAAGAUGUGAAAGUUCGUAAGAAGAGGGCUAGGAAACGUUCACGCAGCUGUGAUAGCGGCAGUGAGGACUCUAUCGAUGCCAGGAAGGAAAAAAAGCGGAAGAGGGCAAAGAAGGAUGAUAAGGUAAAGGAGAAACCCUUUGAGAAGAAGAAGCGUAGGAGAGAGGCAAGUGUUAGUUCGAUGAGGAGUGGGUCGUUGAGCUGCUCAACGUGUGAGGGUGGGGUUGCUGGCAAUGAUGACGGUCAAUAUGAGGCUGAUAGGGGAAGAUCAGAAAGAAAAGAGAAAGACAAAAGAAGAUUGAGAGGAAGAAGUGGAAGUGAAAAGAGCAAUAGAUACAGAGCCAGAAGUUUCUCACCAUGCAGUCCCCGAAAUGAAGAUAGUUAUUAUGAAGGGACUGAAGAGAACUAUUUACGUGAGAACAAAUCUAGGUGGCUCAGGUCAGUUAUUACUGUUACAACAGAGGCCGAAGAAUCUAGGGACUUGUGUGGAAAUGAAACCACGGAGGAGAUUGUAGAUUAUCAUGAUUACCCUUGUAGAAGUAAUGACAGUAAUGAUGGGGGCACAAAGAGAGAGUUUGAUCAUCAUACACUUCCUGAAUCAGAGGAGAAAUUGAGAGUUGAGGAUGAGGUAGGAGAUAUGAAUGCCGAUCUUAUUGUCACAGAAUCCAAACUUGGAGAUUCACUUGCUGGGACAAGUGAAUCUAUGAAGAAUGAAACGAGUGAGACAUCCGGUGCAAAUCUCAAUGGCGAUGACUUGGAGUCAAUUCUAAGACAAAAAGCCUUAGAAAACUUGAAAAAAUUCCGAGGUGAGAUUCAAUCUGAUGCAAAAGCUUCUCAUCAGAAAAAUAAAAUUGUUAGCCAAGUGAAGCAACAAAUUACUGAUAAUAUAGAUGAACCGGUUCAAGGUAAGUCUAAUGUCAUUAAUGCAGCUGUAGGAUCAACAUUUGAUAAGCAAACCCCUGUAGAAGAAACUAGUUUACCUUCUUGGAGGAGAAAUUUAGUUUCUCCUCGAAGAAAUGUUGAGAGGAUUUUAAACACAGAUAAAGAUAUAUCUGGUUCUGCUAAGCAUCAAUUGGCCUGUGCGCCAGAAAAGGUGAUUGAUGCAGAUAAUCCUAAUAAAACCGUUGCUAAAUCUACUAAUUACAGGAAGGGGAAUUUGGAAUUGACCUCAUUACAACUUCGCAAUGAUUCACUUCAAAGUCGCUCAUCUCUGAAGCAAACAACUGUGUCAGGACUUCCUCAGGAAAAGUUGGUGCUAGAAGAAAGUACUAAAGAUAAGGGUGCUUCUGGAGCUGCUGAUAUUGAGAGUCAUAGUAGCAAUGAUAAUGUCAAUAACAUUACAGGAUUGUAUUCUGCUGUUCCUAAGCCUUCUACUCUUGGACCUAAAUUUAAGCAUAAUAACUUGAGCAUGGGCCGAGGUGAUGUCAAAGAUCACUCGCAGUUUGAAUUGAAGCAAACUGUUGCUUCACAUGAACCUUCCAAGGUAAAGUACGCAGUGACUGAGACUGAUGAAAAGAGGAACGCUGCUAAUAGCAGUGGCAGAGAUGUUAAGGAGUUGGACAAUGCUGCUGCCCCUGAAUCCUGCGUAGAAAGUACAUCCGUAGAGAAUAUUUCAGGCAAAUCGCAAGAUGAGUCCAAUGAGGCCUCCCAGUUUGAGCAGAAAACAAUGAAUGUGAUGCGAGGUGGUGAAAUGGUACAGGUUAGCUACAAGGUCUAUAUCCCAAAGAAAGCCCCUGCUUUGGCUAGAAGGCAACUUAAGCGGUAAACUUGUUUGGUGAAACAAAAGGCCUUCUUGGGUUGAGUUUAUCUUUGGUUGGAACAUGAAAAGAGUAAACACAUGCACACGAAAGUAUAGAAAUUUAUGAAGACAUUUUUUGUGGAUUCAUCCGCAUAUAUGUACUCUUAAGAACUGCAUAAGUUUCUGUAAGCUAUACUUUUUUUUAAGGUGAUGUCGCAGGUUUUCAUGAAUGUAAUUCGUUAGAAUAAUGGUACUGCAACGUUGCAACAAAGACCCUUCACUUGUUUAAUGUUUUUUAGGUGGAGCAUGAAUAGACCUUGCUUAAGGUCUGUUUUGCGAUGCUCUACUUUUAUUCGAA